AUGAAGCAUAUAGAUCGUAAGGAUCUAUAUACGAAUCUGGAAGCCCGCAUUCAGUACCUCCACACAUUCUUAGACUUCAGCUCGAAUGACAUCGAAGCAUUAAUAUGGGGUGCCAAGUACAUCAAGCAGCUGAUCCCCGCCAUCGUCAACAUCGUCUACCACAAACUUCUGCAGUACGACAUUACAGCAAGAGCUUUUGAGACGCGGAGUACAAGUUAUGAGGGUCCAGUGGACCCAACCCUCCACGACAACAGCCCGCAGAUCCUCCAUCGCAAGAUGUUCCUGCGGGCCUACUUGGCGAAGUUGUGCUCAGACCCCUCGACGAUGGAGUUCUGGGAAUAUCUCGAUAAGGUCGGCAUGAUGCACGUGGGCAGAGGCCGCGAGCAUCCGCUUCACAUAGAGUACGUCCACAUAGGGGCAUGUCUCGCUUUUAUCCAAGAUACUAUCACGGAGGCACUGCUUAAUCACCCGCGGCUAAGGAUGGACAAGAAGAUUGCCUUGGUCAAGGCCAUCGGCAAGGUGAUAUGGGUCCAGAAUGACCUGUUCGCCAAAUGGUAUGUCCGUGAUGGGGACGAGUACAGCGAGGAGAUGGAGAAGCCGGAGAUCGAGCAGGAGGGCUAUCUGAACGGCAAGAAGGUACUGGUCGACAUCGAGGAGGCCGCGUCGCCGGCGCCGGCAGCUGGGGUUUGUCCCUUUUCAGGGAGUAGAGGGGCCGAUGUCAGCGUCUGUGAUGGUUGCGCAGACAAGGACGAUGACUGCAAAACCAUACUAGCCGGAUCCGUGUCCAGCGAAAGCUGA